AUGAGGAGCGGAUUACUAGUUGUACCCAUAUUUCUCUUUGCCAUCACAACGAAACCAUGGCUUGGGGCAGCCGAUUCUGCACCUGAUCCGGUGCUUGACUUAGAUGGUAAGAAGGUCCGAACAGGUGCUGAUUACUAUAUCUUACCAGUAAUCCGUGGCAGAGGUGGUGGACUUGGCCUUGCAAGCACUAGGAGCAAGACAUGUCCACUUCAUGUUGUCCAAGAACGACAUGAGGUAUCCGAAGGUCUCCCACUCACAUUUUCUCCUGUGAACCAAAAGAAAGGUGUUGUACGUGUAUCCACAGAUCUAAACAUAAACUUCUCUGCAUCAACAAUCUGUGUUCAAUCAACUGUGUGGAACCUUGACAAGUUUGUUGAUUCAAUAAGACAGUGGUUUGUCACUACUGGUGGGGUUAAAGGCAACCCUGGUCGUGAAACAACGAGCAAUUGGUUUAAGAUUGAGAAAUAUGAGGAUCGCUACAAGCUUGUUUUCUGUCCUACGGUGUGUAAUUUCUGCAAGGUUUUGUGCAAAGAUGUUGGCAUUUACAUUGAAGAUGGCAGAAGGCAUUUGGCUCUGAGUGAUGUGCCAUUUAUGGUGAUGUUCAAGAAAGCUUAA